UUCCACUAUAUAAUGAAGUAGCCCUUCAAAACAAAAGGGCAUCCCCAAAACUACUAAUUAGUCUAUCUUAGCUACACUUAAUUCUUCUCUAGCUAGUUCAAUUCAUUCAUUUAUUUUUCUUACAUUUUUUUCCUCUCAUUAUCAAUAUGUUAGGCAUUCGCAAACUAUACCAAUUGCUUGUAAGCAACGUUGUUCCUUCUCUAGGAGUAGUUCCUCACUCAAACGCCCCGAACUCGAAUUCCAAUUAUGCCCUUCCAAUUCCAUGUAAGAUGGACGUAGUUCAAGCCCACGAGUCGAGGGCAAAAGCGUUAAUAACUGUGUUUGGCAUGGACAAAGAUGGAAGAAUAGCCAAAGAAAAAGCAUGCAAUGUGGUGAAACAACUAGGGUUAGUGAAGGAAGAAGAAGAAGAAUCGAGCUUCGAUAUACUUGAAGAACAACUCGAGGCGAAAGAAGUCCUGAUCGAGCUCGAGGAGGAAGAGAAGAGAGAAAAAGAACAACUUCUUAGACAAGCAUUCAUGGUUUUUGAUGAAGAUGGGGAUGGUUUUAUUGAUGCAAAGGAAAUAAAGAGAGUUUUGAUGUGUUUAGGAUUAGAUAAUGGUUGGGAUAUGAGUGAAAUCGAGAAGAUGAUUAAGGUGGUUGAUCUUAAUCUUGAUGGUAAAGUUGAUUUCCAUGAGUUUGAGUUGAUGAUGGGAUAAUCAUGUUUCAUAUACAAAAAUGUUUCAAUGAAACAUAUCAUCUUCGCUCUCUUCUAUAAGAUAUAUACCAUAAGUUUAAUUAUCCAGUUUA